GCGCGCCCCAAGACCUGGAUCCCCUGCGCUGCCUUUCUCUUCUGCAUCAUUCGCAAUCUCAGGUCACGGAACUCUAUCCACUCGUCAGCACCAAGCUAGCUAGUCCUCGUGCCCUUCGGACGAGAGGCGCAUGUGACUCGGUAACAGUCUUGAGGCUUUGAGCUCUCCUCACCUCGUAUCCGUGUCUUUCUGGUGCUGAGCUGAGUCUGAGAGACAGGUAAGGAGGAGGAGGGAGGAGAUCAGGAGAUGGAAUUCAAGAACUGCGGGUCGUCGUCGCAGCCCCGGCCGGCGGUGGUAGUGGGCGAGGAGGCGGCGUUGGCGAGACAGGGAUCAGUCUACUCGUUGACGUUCGACGAAUUCCAGAGCGCGCUCGGCGGGGCCGCCACCGGCGGUGGCGGUGGCGGCAGCAUCCCCAAGGAUUUCGGUUCCAUGAACAUGGACGAACUGCUCCGGAGCAUCUGGACCGCGGAGGAGACCCAGGCCAUGGCCUCCGCUUCUGGCGCUGGAGCGGGUGCGGGGAUGCCGCCAACGUCGCUGCAGCGGCAAGGGUCGUCGCUCACACUGCCCCGCACGCUCAGCACCAAGACGGUCGACGAGGUGUGGCGCAAUCUCGUGCGCGACGAGCCGCUGCAGGGGGCGGACGGCGGCGGGCACCAGCAGCACCACCGCCAGUCGACGCUCGGGGAGAUGACUCUGGAGGAGUUCUUGGUCAGAGCUGGCGUGGUCAGGGAGAACCCCGCUCCGGCUCCUCCAGCACCACCACCCAUGAUCCCGCCGCGGCCGGUACCUGUCGCCCCUAAAAGCUCCGCCUUUUUCGGGAAUUUACCGGGUGCCGACGCCGACACCGCCGCAGCUGCGGCAGCGCUGGGGUUUGCACCGGUCGGCAUGGGGGAUCUGGCCCAAAUACCGCCCAGGGCAGCAGGCAUGGGAGGCGGCGCCAUGGCUGUGCAAGCAGCGGUGAACCAGCUUGAUUCUGGCGGGAAGGGGUACAGCGACCUGUCGUCGCCGACGGAGCCGCUCCCGUUUUCGUUUGAGGGGAUGAUUCGAGGGAGGAGGCAUGGGGGCGGAGUAGAGAAAGUGGUGGAGAGGCGGCAGAGGAGGAUGAUCAAGAACAGGGAGUCCGCCGCCAGGUCCCGAGCGCGCAAACAGGCUUAUACUAUGGAGUUAGAAGCUGAAGUUCAGAAACUCAAGGAGCAGAAUCAGGAACUGGAGAGGAAACAGGUGUCUUUUCUAAUUUUCUCUUCACACUACAGUUGCAGGCAGAGAUUAUGGAAAUGCAGAAGAACGAGCUACCAGAAAUGUUGAAGGAUCCAUUCGGACGGAAGAAGCGUCUGUGCUUGCGAAGAACAUUGACUGGGCCUUGGUGAUGACUAUCUGAAACAGCAGACGAGUCGCUGCAUACCUGCAGUGGUGCCUGGGAUCUGUACACAAUUUGUCUCCUAUAGACUAGCGAUGGACGUAACGUAGUGGGGAUGAUUGUACUGUUACCGCUUAUAGUGGAGUCGGGAAACUGACACAUGUAGAUUAUGUUAGUAGAGAACCAAAUGGAGUGAAGCCGGCCGCGCAAGACUCGCCGGCUUCGGCCAUCCUCCAGAGCUUGUGUAGAGUUGCCUAGCUUUGCAUCUUGCCGGAAGCAGCACAUCGUGUAGAGAUUGGACGGUUUUAAAGGAUCGGUGGCUGGGUGUAAGUAGGUUGGUGGGAUUACAAGCAUGGGCAUGGCGACGUUCAGGAUGCAACCGGCUUGACGACUGUACAUCUGAUGGCUGUAGAGCUGUUGUAGUAUGCAAACUGUCCCGCUGCUGCUGCUUGUGUGUAAUGGUGAAACCAGAUGAAUCGGUUAUUUGUGUAUUACUACUUAGCAAAUAUGCUCACGAGGAUUUCUAAAUACCAGCAUUUGAAGUGUUGGAUGGUUUUAGUAA